AUGGACAUUCUGAAACUUUCGAUCGACACAGACCCAGCAAGCGGGAAAAAGGUGGUGAACCACCGAUUCAGACUUGUACAAACCAUCGGACAGGGCCAGUUCGGCAAGGUUCUUCUAGCGGAGGACGUGACUGCUAAGAAGAAGGAUCGAUAUGUUGCCGUGAAAACCAUCAAUCGUGUGGAUAAGACGAAACUCAUCACGAAAACCUACUUGAGUCAUACUACUAAAAUCAAAAGAGAGAUCCAGAUCAUGAAAGAGUGUAAUCAUCCAAAUGUGGUCAAGCUCUACCAGGUGAUAGACGACUUGCGAUUCGACAAGAUCUUUCUCGUGUUGGAGUACUGCCAAUAUGGAGAGAUUGACUGGAAAAGGUAUAACCACUACCAUGAGAAGUAUUUUAAGGAAGACAGAGGCAUCACACUCAAUAAGAUUCUUCGAGACGUGGUCAAUGGGCUCGAAUACCUCCACACGUAUAAGCACAUUAUACACCGAGAUUUGAAACCAUCCAAUCUUCUAAUCAGCAGCGACCGGACCAUCAAGAUAUCUGAUUUUGGAGUAAGUUUGAUCUUGGAAAAUAACGCCAACGAUGAUAAAGAGCUCGGCAAAACCAUGGGAACCCCGGCUUUUUUUGCUCCCGAGUUGUGUCAAUUCGUGAACAAUCGUCUCCUGAUGUUUAACGAAGUCGACCUUCAAAAGAGUAAAAUCGACGCCAGAAUCGAUAUCUGGUCUUUGGGUGUGGUGCUCUACUGCCUAAUAUUUCACCAGCUUCCGUUUGAGGGCCAUAAUGAGUUCUCUCUUUUCAAGAACAUUGUCACAGGAGAGCUCAAAUUCCCAAAAAUCAAGGAGGGUUCGCAUGUCAAGUCCCAGGACUUAAACGAGCUCACAAUGCUCAAAAGUCUUAUAUCUCGAAUGCUUUCAAAAGACUCUGCCAACCGUCCCACAAUCAAGGAGAUCAAGAAUGAUCCAUUCACAUGUUUUGACCUACUGAAGAAACAGAAAGAAGAGUUCGAGAACUUUAACAAAAACAUAAUCAGUCAACAGUCUCCACUUCUAGCGGAAACGUGGGCUUCCGAAAAGAAAUUGAGCUCUAAGAUUAAAAGGGUAUUUGGAAAGAAGUCAGAUACUACAGCUGUGCCACCUAGCCAACUUCCACUCACCGUAAAAUUGAAAGAAUCGCCCGAGAAACCAGUCAAUGUAUCCGAGUUGGAGAAAGUCGAUGACCUUCUCGAUUCUUACUUGGAUGACCUGAGCUCAAUGGGUUCGUUUGACGAAGACACCGAGCCUGAAGUGGUUGACACCAGUAAUUUGCUAUCGUCGCUCCAGUUUUCUGUUCCAGCCUCACCUCAUGAUGCAUCGUUCCAAGUUUCUCCAACAAGCCAUUAUGACAGCCGCCAGGGUGUUGCGCCAAGCGUCUUCAACGAAAGCUCGCCGUUCUCUAACGAGUCCCAUUACGACCAGUUGACGUCGCGCUCCAACCCAGAGUUGCGGUCUCUUACCACGCUCAAGAACUCACACUCCAGUCUUCUGGUUUCGCUGCGUAUUUCAAGAGGGUCCAUUCCUCCUCCACUUAACUUGACCACUUCAUCGUUCAGCAGCCCCACAAAGAUUGGCAGCAAUUUGGCAGCCCCAAACUCUCCAUUUUCCGAGCAGAAAACUCCGGUUUCCGCGGUCACCAUUGGCGCUGGGUCGCCUCUGUCGAUCAAGUCGAUAUUCAGUCCAUCUCGACGGUUCUUCUCACGUAUCAAGAAGGAUCCCGAACCCACCAUCCAUGCUCUCUCGUCUCCCGUUACUCAGGUACAUUCUACAUCGUCAAGCUACACCGACUUAGCUCCUCCUCCAGCGUUUGGUUCCACUAGAGAUAAGAAGCGCAAAGACAAGACGAAGCACCGGGUGGAUAGGCGCAACUCCGACAUAAGGGAAAACCGCAAUUCCGGGGAGCUGAUGUAUUCCGACGCUGGAAGAGGAAGCUUUGAGGUUGAUCGAAAGAACUCAAUUCUGCUGGUUCGGUCAGCACGCUCCAAUGGGCUCUCGAAAAUUUCUAGUUCGAGUUCUUCUCUUAAUUUACACGCAUAUUUGACAGAUAGUGCCUCAAGUUCGCCACGGUGGGCUUCGGGUCUGGCUAGUGGUCUGCCUGGAGUGUUUGCCAGUGAGAAGUUUGAGAGUGAUACCGAUAAUGAGGAGGCUAAUCGUACGGUGACCAUGGAUCAGUAUUUGAAUCGGCUUUGA